CUAAGGAAUAUUUACCAUUAUAAGAUCGAACUUAUUCUAAGAAUCAAGUUUAUAGGUAUCCAAAAUUUGAUAGUAUUUUAUCAAAUAUUAGUCUACUUUUUGCCUAUUUCAACAAUGGAAACUUUGAUAAAAAGGGACAGUGACGAUAGAAUGAUCGUUAAAAGAGUAAGCGUGCCUACGGGACUGGAAGAACUCAUGGAAGGAUUAACUAAAGAGGUACUUCUUAAAAAACCUAAAGAUCUGUACCAGUUCGCUUCUGAGUAUUUUUCACAACUGGUAUUGCUACGGGAAAAAAGUCACAAAUAUAAAGUACACCCAGUUCGAUCAGCUCAAUCUAUAACGAAGGUUAAGGCACCUACGGUUUUACCUGUAAAGAAUUCCUCUCCACCUAAACCCAUAAAGCAUUUCUCACACCAGCUAAGCAUUAGAAGUAGAUCACCAAAAAUAAAAUCUAAAUUAGAAGAAAAGAAACUAGCACCUUCACUAAACAGAGAGAAAAACCGCAGUAAGGAGAGAAACGAAAGUCAAACCAAGAAAGAAACACCUAGGAAUCGUUCUAUAAGCUCAAAAAGAAAGAGUGAGAGUUCAACUAACCCUUCUAGCGUGCAAAGUACACCUAGAGAUAAACGGCAAACUUCUGUACCCAAGAAGGUCAAAGCUGUUGAUGACAAAAAAGAGGAUAAAGAUUUUAAAUUAUCAAGGACCAAGAAAAAGGAUUAUAAAGAUAAGUUAAAAGAUGGAUUGGUCAUAACUAGUACAGCUGUUGCUGCUUCAAGUGCAGGUGCUUCUGUCAAAACAAUAAUUGCAAAUGAGAGUAAAAAACAGAAAGAUCAUGAUGAAAUUAAAUCUAUUCAUAAGGAAAAAGAUAGUAAUAUUAAUGCUGGUUCUAAAGAUAAUUAUCAAAUCAAAAAAACAACUGAUAUUUUGGAUGUAUCUUCUACCGCAAUUUCCCAAAAUUAUAGUUCCAAAACUGAAAAGGAUAAAACUAUUAAAGAUACUAAUAAAAAUAGUAUGAAUCAUACAGAAACACUUGAAUCAGAUAUUUUAAACAAAUCAACUAAAGAAAAUAAUAAUUCAAAUGAAUAUAAGGUUAUAAUAGAGGAUAACAAACAAGAUAAAUUAAUGUCAGUAGAAGAAACUAACAUUGCACCUUCUCAUAAUAAUCUGUCUCAAUCUGAGGAGCAAAAAACGAUUGAAGAGUCCAUCACAAUUGAAACUGAACUGAAAGAAAAAGAAGAAAAACUGAAUUCUGAUAGAUUAUUUAAAUCAACUGAAGAUAAGAGUAAUCGAAUUGAAGAUAAAUUAACUGAUAAUAGUCCUACUAUAGAAGACAGUAAAGAAGAGGAGCCAGAUAAAAACAGAUCAAAAGAAGAAAUUGGUAUUCUCUCAGACAAUAAAGAAAAAAGUAAAAAUGAAACAGUUCCUCUAACUGUACAAAAUAAGGAAACAAAUGAAAGUAUGCGAGAUAAUAUUGAGGAAGAGCAAGAUAAAGAAACAAAAAAAGAGAUUAAUAAUAAUAAAAGUUUAUCUUCUGAUCAUAUCAUUAAGGAAGAUUCCUCUAUACCAAAGAAAUUAAUUGUAGAAGAAGCAGAUCUAGCUAAACAAGCUAUAGUUGAUCACACAGCAAAAAUGGAUACUAGUAAAAUUAUCGAAGCCGUUGACAUUUCUAAUAAAAACGAGGACCCAAAAAUUAAAAAAGUCAAUAGUCAUAAAGAACUAAGUAUUUUAGAAGAAAAUAUAGAAACAAAUAAUGGCAAUGAUUUUAAAGAAUCUGUAGAUAAGAAAGAUAUUACAAAUGAAUUUAAAGAAGGAUAUACAAAGUUAGAGAAAGAAAACAAUAAACAUCAAUCUAAACCAGAUGAAAUAGUUAAAAGUAAUGAGAAUCAGACUAAAACUGCUGUGAAUGUAAAUCAAGAAAAUAUUUCAACGAAUGACAAAAUACAAAUUUCUGACGAUUACAAGAGGGAAAACAGUGAUUUUGUAGAGGAAACGAAAACUGAUACUGAUAAUGUUGAUUUAAAAGACAAUAAAGAAAACACUAUUAAUACUGUAGAUACUAGCACAGCUAAAGGAGAAAAAACUGAUAUUUCUGGACUUUCUAGAGAUAUAUUUUUAGAGAAUGUUGGAGAUUCUAAUUUAAAAGACAGGAAUAUUGAUAUCAAAAAAAAUAUUAAAAAUAUAAAAAUAGAUAGCAACGCACUAACUACUUUCCUUGACAGUGAAAAGAAGGAUGUUUUUAAACAUGAGAUAAACUUGGAAAAUCCUAUAACUGUAGAACAGGAUAAUGAAAUUAAACCAAAGGCAAAUCUACCAGAAUUGAGAGCUCAUGUUUCUUCUGAGGUACCUAAAGAUAAUAAAUAUGCACAUGAUAUUAAAGAAAGUACCAUAGAGGAUAUUAGUGCAGAUACAAAAUCAAGUAAAAUUAUUGUUAAGGAAAACAUCCAAGACAAGAGAGAGAAAGAUUUGACUCAUAAUGGUUGUUCUGAUGUUGAAAAAGGCAAAAGUUCUAACAAAGAUAUUAAUAUAGUUAAUACUGUUGAAAUAAAUGAAAAUAACGUAAACAAUAUACAGGAAAAUGACAAUCAAAAUAAUUCUACUAAAGUUGAAACAGAAAAUAAUAAUCAAAAUAUUGAAGACGUUUUUAAUAAUGAAGUGAAAACCCUGUCAGAAAUAGACAAAGUCUCUAACCCAGAUCUUCAAAAUUCAAGGGUUGUAAACAAUACUUUUAACACAAAGACUUUUACUGAUACAACAAAUAAAGGUAUCAGUAGUAAAACAUCUGUUCAGUUAAAAGGUGAAAAUGAACUACCAGUGAAAACAGGACCCAAUUCUGUGAAUAACGAUAUUGCUUCAGCAAUAGAUCUCAAAAAGAAUAUAGAAGAAUCCAGUAAAAUAAAUGAUGCUAAACUUGAAAAAGAAAAGAUUAGUGAUAAUGUUAUUAAUUCUUAUACGAGUCAAGAAAAUGGAAUGAUGAUAACUAAUAAAGAUGAUGCAGAAAAAUUCUCCGACAACAUAGAAAGUUCUAACAAUGAUUUAAAAAGUAGAGAUAAAAAAGAUAUUAAUACAUUUCUUACGGAUAUCAGAGAUAGCAUUAAAAAAGGUGAUGGUAAAAAAGGUAGUGGUAAAGAUAAUUUAGGUCCCGUAUCUUUAGCUGUAGCUGGAGCUACUACGGUUGCUGUUGCUGCAGUAACUCCUAUUUUAACAGAAAGCCUAGACAACAGCUUAGAUAACAUUAAAAAUAAAACAAAAGGCAAAGAAACUUUUAGUAUAUCAGAAUCGACUAAAGAAAAUAAAGACUCUGAAAAAGUACCUGAGGUUUCAACUAAAUUAAGUGCAUUAAAAACUGACUAUAACAAAGACGAUAUUUCAGAUUCUGAUAUUUUAGCAAAAGCUACAAAUAUUGCUAUAUUAUCUGAUGACAUAAAUAAAGUUAAUGAGUUAGACUCUACCGACAGUGAAAACAGCAUCAAGAAAGUUCCUCUUACUGAUUUUAAAUCAGAAAAUACAUUAAUCAAUGCAAAAGAGGAAAAUUUAAAGGAUGAUAAAGCAGAUGAUUCUAAAAUAUGGGCUAAAUCAUCAAAUCUAGACAUAGUAUCUAAAAAUAUCCAAUCAAACUUAAAUGAGUCAAAUAAUGACGUUGAUCAGAAAAUGGGUGAUAAUAAAAAUAAUGAAUUUGAAAAUAGCAAACAAAUAAUUGUAUCGAGUGAUAUGGAAAAAUUAUCUAAAGAUCAAGAUUUAAAUAAUAUCAAUGAUAAUCCUGAGGAUUCUGAAAAUAAUAAAAACAAUAAAACAGAAAAUAUAGCUCAAGAUAUAAAGGGAAGUAUUAAAGAAAUGCAAAAUUCGCAAGAUGGAGAUAAUAUAAAAAAGGAUUAUGAACAACAAAAAUCUACUAUCAUGAAAGAUGGCAUAGAAAAUAUAAUCAAAGAUAAUAAAACUGCUGUAGAUAAUAAUGGUCAAAUAGAAUUAAAAGAAAAUUUGAAACACGAUCUUAACAUUAUUAAAAAAAGCUUACAAGAAGAGAAUAAACAUGAUUUGAAUAAGAAACUGAGACCCUCCGAUAUAUCAUCUAAAGUUGAUGAUGGAUUAAAAGAAAAUAUAGAAAAUGAUAACUCAACGAAUGAAAUAGAUAAUGUCAAUGAACUUAAAGAUAAUAUUAAAAAUGGAGAUUUAAAAUUAACAAGUCAAGAUAUAAUUGCCGAAAAUAUUAAACAAGUUACUAUUAAAUCUAACAAAACUGGAGAUAAAGAAUUGUUAUUGAAAGAUUUAGAAACAUCUAAAAAAGUUAAAAAUGAAAUGAAAGAAAAUAAUACUGAAAGAGACAAAACUGUAGAAGAAGAAGGACAAAAUGAUAUUAAUAAAAAUGUUGAUGAGACAACGAAUAAUUACGAAAUACUUCAAAAGACUGAUCAAUUAGAAGACCAGAAAAAUAUGACUGAACCCGAAGAGGUGCCUUCUGUUGAAAAUAAAGAAACUGGGCUACCUCAAAACAUUUCAACAUCUGAGCAGUUAGUAGAUGAUAAAAAAACUGAAAAUAAAGUUGAAGAUCAAGAUGGAGAUGAUAUUUUAACAGUUAGCUUUCCAACAUCUUCUGCAGAACCUGUUGUUGAAAUGCAUCAAGCACAAACGAUUGCUAAACAUAACAUAGAAAACCUUAAGAGAGACUCAUUCUCUGACAAAGAUAAAGUAAAAUCAAACGUAUCUGACGACGAACAGGUUGCUUCUGAACCAGGUAGUGAUAUUAUGAAAACUUCACCUUAUCGUAACGCAACUAAGAAGAUUUUGGAGUCAAAACUAUCUGAAGACUAUCCAGGUAUAGUUGAUAGCGAGGUUAAAAAGUUUCUAAGUUGGUUUAUAAAAACUGAACAAGAUCAUGUUUUCCAAAUGGACAGUGUGGACUACGAAUCGCCAUUCCAUAAACCAGAAAAUGUGACAAAAGUAAAACAAGAAUCUGAAUUAGAUAACACAAAUAUAAGCCAUAAUAUAACAUACCCAGAAGAAGGUGAAAGAAAUCUCGAAAUAUCUAAUACAGAAUCUCUUAAUAUUAAACCUAAAAAUAUUAGUAAUGCUAAGGAUGAGUUAAAGAAACAAGAAAAACAAGCAGUCGAACAAAACGUUGAAAAUAACAGAGAUUAUAAAAUAAUAAAUAAGGCAAAUUCUAUAAUAGAACAAACAGAACCUCAAAUUAUGGAGAGAAAUAAAAGAGAUACUAAUAAUGUAAACGUCAGUGAUAUAAAUGAUUUUAUUAAGUAUAAUAAUGAUAUAUUAUCACAAAAUGCAGUCUUAAAAAAAGAGCCAAUAAAAGAGGAAGUCAAAGAUGAGAAGUUAGAGAAAUACAACGAAUCUACUGAACAACAAGUAAAACCUGAAUUAAGUAAAAAUGAAACAUCUAAAACAGAACAACUGCCUUUACAGCACGAUAAAAAGUGUAGCGACAAUAAAAAGGAUACUGAUAUAUAUAGUUCCAUUGAAUCUGAAAAUAAUACUGCUUUAAAGAAUAAUGAUUUACCUGAAAAUACCGCUCAUGUAAUCGAUAAUAUAGAAUGCAAAGAACAAGUUUUAAAUCAAGAUAUAUCUACUGAAUAUUCUAAGAGCUGCGAUCAGGAAAUUAAUAAUACCAAAGUAACCAAAUCUGACAAGUUAAAAGACAAAACAGAAUCUCUGGAUCAACAGAUAAACCAUUAUCAAAACAAUAAGAUAAUAGAUAUAGAAAAUUCUACCACAGUACAAUCUGAACUUUGCCAUUUAGAAAAUAUUAAAACAGAUAGUGGGGAUAAAGAGGCAGUCAAUCAUACAAAUAUACCUACAACAUCUGAAAAUAACACUGCAUUAAGAAAUAUAGAAUCGCAUAAAAUUAAAUCUCCAAUAAAAUAUGGCACAGAGCUCAUUAAAGAAAAUGAGCCCGAAUUAAAACAAAAAUUAUAUACUGUAGAAAACAUUGAUCAUAGUAGUAAUGAAUUUAAUGAAAAUCAUGAAAACGAAGGUCAGAAAAAAUACUUACUGGAAGAAAGCAAAACAAUUGCAAAGCAACAAGUUGAUAGUAAAAAUAACGAAUUAUUACAGGAAGAAGAAAAUUCUGUUAGGAAAAUAGAUAGUAGAAAGGAGAAAACUAAUAUCAUAAGUAUUUCUAACCCUGAAAAUCAAACCGCGUUUCAAAAUGAAGAUUCUAUAAAAAAUAUUGAUGUAACUCACAAUAAUGUAAAAAAGAAUGAACUCAAAGAAAAUGUAUCUACUGUAGAGAGCUCUACACCCACUCACAGUGAAUUUAAAGAAUUAAAUAAAAACAAAGAUCAAGUAAAUAGUCGAUUGAAAGAAGAAGGAACUACAGGACUUCAAACAAUGCAUAGCCAAGAAAAUAAAUUAGUACGAAAUGAAAACUUUGUAACAGUACAACCACAGCCUCAGCACUCAGAGAUUAGUAAAAUUGAUAAUACGAAUAUCAGUAAGACAAAAACUGAAUAUAAUUCCUUAUCACAAGAAGAACAUUUAGUGAAAGAUGAUCCACUGGGAAAAAAUAAUAUAAACACAAAAGAAAAAGCUGAUAUGAAACCUGAAACAUCAUAUACAGAACAUAAUAAGGAGUCUGAUGGUACUGUAUCUCAAUUUGUAAAUAAGAAUCUUAAGGAUAAUAAAGAAGAAGUAAAAUAUACGGAAGAUUCUGUCAAAGUUGAAGAAACAGAGUCCUCAUUACAAAAUUCUGAUUCCGUUGAAAUAAAACCUUUAGUCAAAAAUAAAGAUGAAAAGGAGACUUCUUUACCUGAAUCAGAAAAGCAGCUGUUACAUGAAAAAGAAAUAAAGCUGUUGUCUGCAGAUAUCCCAAAUAAUAUUGAAAUACCUCACCUCAAAUUGCAAGAUGACGAAAAAGAAUUAAAACAUACAAAUGUAUCUGGAGAUAUAAUUAAAAGCAUUGCAAAUCUUGAAUUAUCAUCUGAAAAACCCGGAAUAAUAGAUAACUCUAUCAAGAAUUACCUAAACUCUUUUAUUCAUCAAGAAAAAUAUGACAUUCUCAAACCAAAAGAAAUUAAUGAUGGCACAAUUGAAAAGGGACAAAAUAAAUUUAGCGAAGAAAAAUCUACAAAGAACGAAAAGCAAAUUAAGGAUGACAAAAAAGAGAAAAAAGAACGAUCUUUUAAAAAAAGAUUUGAAAGAUCUUUGUCGCAAACAACUUCAAGUGAAGAUGAAAAAAUAUCACCUAGAGAAAAUAAAAUUAAACGAACUCAGUCAGUCGGAGUCUUGAAAUCAGAUCGUAGUCAACCAACAACUAGCAUCCCAAUGUCCGCUAGACAAAGGUCUAAAGAAAAAACAACUAGAAAAUCAGCAGGUAGACGACCUUUGAUAAGACAACUUGAGACCACUAGCAAAGAAUUAGAAGAAAAAAUACUGGGGAAAAAAGAAACUGAAGAAUCGAGUAGUGAAAAAAGUGAUAAAGAGAACGUCUCAAGAAAAUCAAGAGAAAAACGUGAAAAAAAUUCAAGAGAACAAAAAACGGAAAAUAACAAAAAUAAAAUUUAUCUUGAAGGUGCAAAAAUAAGUGAACCUUUGCAGGAUUCUUUUGAUCAUAAGCAAGGAAAGACUGAUUCCAAACAAAGUAAAACUGAUACUCAAAUAAUUAAUGAAUUUGAAGAAAAGCAAAACAAAGUGUUAAAGGGAGUUGAUGAUGAACAAAAUGGACUAUAUAAAUUAAAGAAUAAAGACAAAAAUAAAACCAUUGUUGAAGUAAAUAAUAAGAACCAUAAGGUUGAUUUGGCGAGCGAGCCAUUUGUAAUAGAAUCUGCUAACAAUGACUAUAUGAUGCUAGGUUCUAUUGGCAUAGAUAAUGACAUAAAUAUACCGAAAGAUAAAGAUACAAUAAUGCAACAAAAUCAGGAAAAAAUACACAAUGAAGAUAAUGAAGAACGUACAUCAAAAAAUAAAAAAGAGUCUGAAAACAAAAUAAAGCCUGAAGAAAACGAUAAAAACUAUAAAGACACUAAUAAUGUAAAAACAGAAUAUUUACAUAACUAUAAAAUAGAUUUAUUAAACCAAGAAAAAAGUAGAGCAAAUGGAAAAGUAGAAAAAAAGCUAAAGGAAGAGUUUGCUGUAAAAAUACAAUCUAUGUGGCGAGGCUUUAUCACCCGAAAAAAUCUUAAAGAAUCUCAAAAACAGAGAAAGUCUACAAACCUUAGUACUGAACAAGCCAUAAUAAAAAUACAAUCGUUUGUAAGAGGCUACAUAGAUAGACAAAAGGUAAAUAAGCACAAGAAGGUUAUGCAAACUCCUCCGAAAGAAAUCAAAGCAACGGCUAGUAAAAAUUCUAAAGAUAAUACUUUACCGAAAAAACCUGAUUUUUAUAGAUCAAAUACUGUAAUAGAACCACAUAUAAUUAAAAAGAAUAUACCUCAACUUCAUACUUCAUCAGAAUCUAGUAACGAAAGGUUAAUAUAUGAGGAAACUGUUGAUAAUAAUAACAAUCAAAGCAAAGAUGAAACAGACUUAGAAAGAGAUACUAAAUCAGCUGUACAUAAAAUUAUACGAGGUUAUAGUGAAACCGCUUUAAUGACUCCUAUGGAACAGGAAGUCAGUAAAACUAUACGUAAAAUAAUGGACACAGGUAUUGAACAAGAAGCUACUGAAGAAAAGAGUAAUAAUCUAAGUUCAAGUUGUACGGGAAAAAGUAUGAAAAAUAUUGAAGAAGCUAUUAGUAAACUUCCAAUAGUUCCAUCUCAUGAUAUCCCUAACAGCAUACAAGAAGUUGAUAAAAUACCUGAGAAAAAUGAUAAGGACAUGUCAAAAGAUUCAGAAAAUUAUAGCAGCGAGGAAACACAUACCUUAACAGAGGGUAGUGCCAAACUACAACUAAUAUUGAACGAUGAGCCUGAAAAAUCAUACGAUGAUACUUUAACUGAAUCCGAUGAUAUAAAAUCGAUUAAAACCAGUUUUGAUGAUAAUACUGAUAACAGUAAAAUGUUUCCUAAAAUUGAUGUUGAACUGUUAAAUAAAAAAUCGCUAGAUAAAGUUAAUAAGCAUCUGACACAGAUUACUAAAGCCGAAUCUGAUGAAAAUAGUUCUGAAAACAAAUCAAUUUCAAACGAAUAUCCAGAUAAAUUUGAUACUUUACAAGAUAUAUCUACUAGUAUGGAUAGCUCUAAAACUGACGAUGGUGAUACUAAUAAUAUUAUAGAAACUGUUAACAAGCCAGACAACGAUGAAGAAGAUGUAUUCAAAAAUGAUUAUGUCACUGAGGCUAAUGAUAUAAAGAGCAAAGAUGAUAACAUAUUAGAAACAAAUAAGUCUACAGCAGAAACUAAACUAGAACUAAAAAAUACAGCAGAUCACAAGGUUUCUCGCUUUGCAAUAUCAAAUAGUGGAGAGAAAAUAUUAGAUCUCAAACUUGAAGAUGAUAUAUCCAGUAAAACAGACAAUAUUACUAAAAAUGAUACUGAUUUGAAAAAUCAACCUGAACUAGAUAAACUACCAUCAGAAAUGCAUUUUGAAGAACUAAGAAGAACAAAAGGUGUUACAGAAGAGAAAGACAAUGAAUUUAAUUUUGAUACGCUUGCUGUAGGGGCAAAACAUAAUAGAAACACUUUGAAAGAUAAAACUGAAUCAUCUAAAGAUGUUAAAGAAGAUACUAGCAAAAUUUCUAAUAUUAUGCAGAAUAAAGAUCAAAAUGAACCAGUUUCAUGUAAUUCGAAAGUGAACGAUCAGGGAACGAACAAGGAUUUUGUAACUGAAACAGAUAAAAAGAGAGAAGAACCCAAUAUUAUUUCUAAGAUAAAUAACGUUAAUUUAAAUGAAUCUAAUAAAGAAACGUUAAUAUCAUCAAACAAAGAUUCUAUUUCAGAUGAUACCGAAGCUAAUAAAAUUAUAACAAAAGAAAAUGAUAGACAAUUAUUAAACGAUGAAACAAAGGAGAAUGAAGAUGAAAAUAAAAAGGGAAGCACCAUUUUAAAUGAAAAUGAAACUCGUUUUGAAGGUAAGGAAAAUACUUCCAAAAAACUGGAUAUAAAAAUAGAUGAACGACCAGACGAUUUAAGCAGUGUUGAUUCGGCUGAUUCAGUAGUUACAGUUAUUGAAAACCCAAAUCACGAAUCGAAAGAUGUAAAUGAACAAGUUGAAACUAAAACAAAUAAAAAUAUUUCCAAUAAAAAUAUGUCAGAUGCAUUAGAAGGUCAUGUCGAUUUAAUAGACCAAGUACAAAAUACACUACUAGAUCAGAUUUGUGGUAAGCAAGUAGACACAUCGAAAAAAUUCGAUAUAGAACAGUUGAGGCAAGAAUUACAAGAAGCUGCAUCACUCUAUCACGAAAAUGAGAGUACACAGACAACACAUAAUGACGAAUUGCUGCAUUAUUUAAGCGACUUUGAACCAGAGGAAAAUAUGUUUGAUUCAAAAAGGAUUAGAAGUCCAAAUAGGGAACUACCAGAUAUAGCAGAAGAACGUGAGACUGAAUCAAGAGACUCUGAAGAUAAUAAAGAUGCGGUAAAGUUUUGUGGUAAUCCCAGUCUUUCUAGUGAAAAUCUGAAAGCUGGGCGACCAAAAAGUGAAGUGGAAGUAUUAAGUCCUGAUGAAAUAAGCAAUCUUGAAGAUAAUAACCAUUCUACAACAUAUAAGGUUGCAGAACAGACUACUCCUUCGAUUGAAGUGAAAAGUUUAAACGAAAAACCAUCAACUAAAGAUGUAGAGACACAAAUGUUGCAGCAUUCAAGUGAGUUCCAUGACACAGUGGUGGUUCCAUUACCUCUAAACAACGAAAGGCUGGAUGUGGUUGCCGGUAUGACUUCUGGACAAGAUGCUGCCGGACCUCAACGGCCUGAGUCGACAGAUCGUGAUAAUCAAACAGCAAUCCAACAAGCUCCAGGUGUUGCAGAACAGACUACUCCUUCGAUUGAAGUGAAAAGUUUAAACGAAAAACCACCAACUAAAGAUGUAGAGACACACAUGUUGCAGCAUUCAAGUGAGUUCCAUGACACAGUGGUGGUUCCGUUACCACUAAACAACGAAAGGCUGGAUGUGGUUGCUGGUAUGACUUCUGGACAAGAUGCUGCCGAACCUCAACGGCCUGAGUCGACAGAUCGUGGUAAUCAAACAGCAAUCCAACAAGCUCCAGGUCCUGAGAACUUGACUCCUCCACCGCUCAGCUCAUCUCCGCGGUCCUCCUUCGAGGCGCAGCCGCCACUUAAAACGCGGCAGGAUUCGCAGGGGGGCCACCGCUCACCACCUCCACAGUCGCGAACGCGCACUUUACAACAGCAGGACAUGGAUGGUGAGAACAGCAGUAGUAACAACAACAGCAAGAAAAACAACGCGGUCAGUAACAGCGCUAUCGGGUCCACGGAGAAACAAAUGGAAGUGGAAGCAGCUACCAAAAUCCAGGCUGGAUUCAGAGGAUACCAGGUCAGGAAGCAGCUGAAAUCUAAGAAGACGACAGCUGAUAAAACGAACCCCAAAAAACCUCUGAGGAGGAAGAAUUCUUCAGGUGACAACAAAAAGGAUGAUUUAGAAGAAAAAUCGGCUGUCAAAAUUCAAGCGGGCGUCAGAGGAUUCUUGGUGAGACGAAGACAGAAGAAACAAACAAAUUGAUCUGUUUCAGCACAGAUUGCCUAGAAAUGUUUAUAAUAAUUAAUAGUUUUGUCCCUACAGGAAACAAUAUUCCAAAUGCUACGUUAAACCAUACUUGAUAUAAAAUAAUAUUUGGAUGUUUCAAAAUCGGAUCAAAACUAUUUACUUAAUUGUUUUUCAAACAAGAAAAGAAUAAUUAUACAUUCUCAUUAAAAAAGUAUUUAAAAUACACAUUUCACAACUUACUGUAAGUUAUAAGAGUAUAUUAGAUGAGUAUCUAGUGAAGUCAUGAUCAAAGCACAGAAUUUUUAAGUUUUAGUUACGAAUUUAAUUUGUAGUAAUCAUAAUCGAAUGCAUGCAAAUAAAACAGUGUGACUAAAUGAUAAUUAUACCACAGGUGUACCUGUACUUAAUUGUUUUGUUUGACUUUUUUUAAUGUAAUAAAAUUUCAAAGUGAAAAGCUACACAGACUGGUACAACUCGAGCUGAAGUGUUAUUUCUAGGUCCACGGCCCUACCAUGACGUUGUUUUUUUUGAUCAGGCUGUAUUAUUAUAUUAACAAUAGAUUAUACUUAGUUUAAUGUUUUUCAAAGAUAUUAGAAUUAGGGAAUUAAUUAGCAUUUCCAAUGUUACUUACUGAUUUAUAUUUUAAGGACUUAGCGAUAUUUUUUUAGAGAAAUAUCAUAAAAAUAAAUGUAAUGAAAGGC